AAUUUACUUCAUGAUGAUUAUUUCAAUGUCACCUUAUUCGUCCCUUUUCCCAAAUCACUCCGCACGCUUUCUAUCCCCUCCAAAACCCCCUCCCAUUUGUCAAAGAGCAGCUCGUAUAACCGCCGCUAUUGCCACCAUGAACUCCUCCGGCGACAAACAGCAAUGUAGGAAGAAGAAAAAAGCAUUGACGCCAGAGACGCAGUUCCGUUUAACCCUCGACCAGUGUUCCAAAAACAAAGACCUUAAAGCCGCAAUCUCCCUCUACGACUCCGCCGUCUCCAAACCAUCCUCAAUCCGCAUGUCCAACCAUCACUUCAACUCAUUCCUAUAUAUCUGCUCCAAUUCUGUGUCCAACCCGGAAACCAAGCAAUCCUCAAUCGAAUUUGGUCUCCGUGUAUACGAGAACAUGGUUUCCGGCGGCACUAGCCCCAACGAGGCUACUGCCACCUCCGUUGCUCGGCUGGUCGCCGCCAAUAACGACGGUGACACUGCGUUCGAGCUUGCAAAGGGCGUUGGGAAUGGAGGGAAGCUCAGGACAUAUGGACCGGCCCUCUUUUGCUUUUGUAGGAAUGGAGACGCUGAUAAGGCUUAUCAAGUGGAGGAGCAGAUGGAAACUAUCGGCCUUCAACUCGAGGAGCCUGAGCUUUGCGCCUUGUUUAAGGUGAGUGUGGAGAAAGGGAAUCAAGCAAAUGUUUAUAAUUAUUUACACAAGUUGAGAAAGGCUGUGAGGGGAGUGAGUGAGAUGACAGCAGAGAUCAUAGAGGGCUGGUUUAGAGGGGAAGUUGCAUCUAUGUCAGGUUUACUGAAAUGGGAUGCAAACCAGGUGAAAGAAAUGCUGGUAAUGAAUGGAGGUGGGUGGCAUGGACUUGGAUGGCUCGGGAAGGGUAAUUGGACCGUGCAGAGAACAAGUAUUGCUUCCGAUGGACAGUGCCUCACUUGUUCAGAGCAGUUGGUUUGUGUUGAUAUUGCCAGGGAAGAAACAGAGGCAUUUGCUUAUUCUGUUGCAUCCUUAGCUAUGGAAAGGGAAUCACAGUCAAACUUUAAGGAGUUUCAGGAUUGGCUGGAAAGCCAUUCUGAAUUUGAAGCUGUAGUGGAUGGAGCAAAUAUUGGGCUCUAUCAACAAAACUUUGCCGAGGGCGGGUUUAGUGCUUCCCAGAGCAGCUUAUUGCAGUUGUUAAUCAUUUGCAUAAUAGGAGUAAUAAAUGGCCCCUUGUUGUCUUGCACAAAAAACGUGUCCGGGCACUCCUUGAGAGUUCUAACCACAGAGAGCUAAUUGAGAAAUGGAUAAAUGAAGGAGUUCUCUACCCUACACCUUAUGGAUCAAAUGAUGAUUGGUACUGGCUUUUUGCUGCUGUGAAACUCAAGUGUUUUCUUGUGACAAAUGAUGAAAUGAGAGAUCACAUUUUUGAGCUUUUUGGUAGCAAUUUCUUUAUCAGAUGGAAAGAAAGACAUCAGGUAAGGUACACAUUUGUGAAAGGCAACCCAAGUCUUUCCUUGCCGCCCUCCUUUUCCAUUGUGAUUCAGGAAUCUGAGAAAGGAUCCUGGCAUGUACCCCUGGCAAGUGAAACUGUGAACGAGUCUUCUUCGGCAUGGCUGUGCAUUACGAGACCAUACUGCAAAGACUUGAAUGAAAAGGUACACAAAAAUCAGAAUUCUGAUUCAAAGCAGAAUUCUGAUGCUUGCAACGGCAUUAGUAAUAGCCCAGUGUUAAUAGCCGGUAAGAGGAAAGACCGGUCUUGAUCUUUGUCGAUCUUUCUGCAACAUCUCAAUUAUUGAAAUCACCAAAGUUUACAUAACUUUAGUUCGAAACUCUCAUAAAGAAUCGUCUAAAUGCUCACACAAGUUGAUGUUUGUGUGGGUUUCUAGAUACAUUUCGACAGAUAUUUUGUGUAAAUAAUUUAAUUCAUCAUUUGAGUAAAUUUUUAAUAUUUCAUACACAUAUAGUGACAUAAUACGCAGCAUAAAGUAGCUUCUCUCGUCAAACAUUUAGUAUUUGUUUGAUGUCAUGUGUACUUUAUUAAAUUUGACUAAUGUCUGAACUUCGA